GAACCUCGAGCUAGUGAUGUUUAAACAAUGGUUUUCCACAGAACACCUAUUUGCGAUUUUGACAUUAUGGGUUUGCUACCAUGAGUUGACAUUAUUGGGCAGCUACCACAUUCUGCUUGACUUACUAGCACCUAACCCCACACGUUGUUCUUACUUAUUCACAAGUAAAGCAUACAAAACAACUUAUUGCAAAAGUGUUUCAAACCUUUUCUUUUUCUUCUCCAUUAUAAUAAACGCAUAAAAAAUCUCUCUCUCACUGUGUCUUCGGUAAUUUUGUUCCUCGGCCAUGGAAAAUGCAAUCGUUUUGUAUCCCUCUCCAGGGAUAGGCCAUCUUAUCUCCAUGGUAGAGUUGGGCAAGCUCAUAUUAACCCACCACCCUCGCUUCUCCAUCACUGUCCUCCUCAUCACCACCCCACCAAAACGUACCAACAUCACCCCCAAUUCCACCACCCAACAACAAGCCACCAACUCCGUCGCCCAAUACAUCGCCGCAGUCUCUGCCACCACCCCUUCCAUCAAUUUCCAUCAUUUGCCCCAAGUCUCUCUCCCUCCCGACUUUAAUCGAAGCACACCCGACACGGGCUUCGAGCUUCCACGCUAUAACAACCCCAAUCUCCACCAUGCCCUUUUAACCAUUUCAAAAACCUCCAAACUCAAAGCCUUCCUCAUUGACUUCUUCUGCGAUGCCGCAUUCGAAGUCGCCGCCGAACAGCUCAAAAUCCCAACAUACUAUUUCUUCACAUCCUCCGCAAGCGGUCUCGCCGUGUUUCUCAAAAUUCCUACCAUUGAUUCCAAUAUUUCCAUCGAUAUUCCAAACUUACCGUCCAUUCCUUUUUCUUCAUGGCCCGAUCCUUUGGUCGACCGUACCACCACUGUCUACAAGAACUUUUCCAAGACCGCAACCCGUAUGCCAAAUUCACACGGGAUUAUUGUAAACACGUUUGAAUUUUUGGAAAAGAAUGCCCUCAAAGCCAUAUCCGACGGCGUUUGCGUGCCGGAAGGUACUCGGACUCCGCCAGUUUUCUGCAUCGGACCGCUGAUUUCGACGACCGGAAAUGAAAGUGGUGAGGAGCAGAACAAGUGUUUGAAUUGGCUCGACAAGCAGCCGAAACAGAGUGUCGUGUUCCUCUGUUUUGGAAGCAUGGGCUUGUUUCCAUCCAAGCAGUUGAAAGAGAUAGCCAUUGCAUUGGAAAACAGCGAGCAGCGAUUCUUGUGGGUUGUAAAGAAUCCACCUCCAGAUAAUCAAAACAGCGAGAAAAUUGAUGGAAUUGAUGACAUUCUUCCAAAGGGAUUUCUGGAAAGGACGAAAGAUAGAGGGCUUGUUGUUCGACAGUGGGCACCACAAGUGGCCGUGCUGAGUCACAACUCGGUGGGUGGGUUCGUAACUCACUGCGGGUGGAACUCGGUCUUGGAAUCGGUCAGUGCUGGGGUUCCCAUGCUUGCUUGGCCUCUGUAUGCGGAGCAGAAGAUGAACAGAUUGUUUAUGGUGGAGGACGUGAAGGUGGCUUUGGCUGUGAACGAGUCGGAAGAUGGGUUCGUGAGUGCGGCUGAGUUGGAGAGGCGAGUCAGAGAGUUGAUGGAUUCGGAGAAAGGGAGAGAAGUGAGAGAUAGAGUGUUGGGGUUGAGAGACAGUGCCACAGCUGCCAUGAAAGACGACGGGUCAUCUCGUGCUGCCUUGAACAACUUGACUGAGCAGUGGUGUCAAAACUGAGCUUAGUCAAAGGAGUUGAGUCUAAUAUAUUUAGAAGAAUACGAAAGCUGUCUUAAUUUUAUUUUACUGGGAAUUGUAAUCUAGAACAAGCUGUACUGUUGCACACCGUAACAUAUUAAGCUGGGUUACGUAGCACAGAAUACUAUUAUUACUGAAGGUUGUCCGAUUAACUGUUAAAUGAAAAUGUUAUAAAUAAGGAUAACUCAUACUUCCUUUUAUUUUUU